AUGUACAAUAAAAAGUUGAAGCAAAAGUUCAUUAAGAGGACUAAAUUAAAAGAAGAUGACCCCUUAGUUGUUGAACAUGUAUUGUCGGAUGAUAAGUGGAUAGCCGCCCCAAGUGAUGGGGAGGAAGAUGGCGGGGUAAUUGGAAGUGCUAGAGGUGGCAGGGCUAUUGGAAGACCUAGAGGUGGCGGAACAAUUGGGGAAGGGAGUGGAACUAGGAAAAGGAAAAAUGUUCAAGUGAAUUUGAUUGACGAGGAUGAUGGGAUGAACUUAUCACUAACUUGUGCUUUUUUUUGUGUGUUGUUUCCUAUGUGGCUGUUUUUUGAAGUUUUAGACUUUGAUGUUCUAGACUUAUUUUAUGUUUUUGAAUGUGUUUUUUUAUGA